UUCGCUUUCUGAAUCAGGAGAACACGUCGGCCACGGAAGCAUUCUUCCGAGAUCGGUCCGCGGCCAUUCAAUACGAAAUGGUGUAGAUUCACCGUGCCGUCCCUCGCGUGGAGGCAGGCUCAAGUCUUGGAUCCUGCAUGCAGUAGCAGUGGUUGGGUCAGAGUAGAAGUGUCGGAAGUGCCACAGCUCGUUAGAUGAAGAAUAUGUUUGGCAGGGGCGCAGCAUUCUGAUGAGUGCGGCAGUGGCAACUUCCCGAGAGGAGCCUAUCCUUGAUUGCGGUUGGACCUCGCCUUUGCUUGCUGCCUCGUCUUCAUCAACUCCCGCAAUUUUAAAAUGGCAUCUCUACUUCGGGCUUGCACUCUUGCUGCUUUGGUUGUUCCUUAUAGGCGCUCGUACUUGGUUCGCAUUUGGCACAAGAUUCAGGACGACAAAAGGAACGAAGUGGCGACAGAAGAUGUUGAAUCUUCGGCGCAUGAAUUUAGUGAAACGGACGCGUAGAGCGCAUUUUAGAUGUAUCGUCCGGCUGCGUCCUCCAGAAUAUACCACCGUUUCAGGUGUGCGAAGGCAUUAGAAAGACGACCUCCGACGCGAUGGACUAGAUCCGAACAAGAGAUCUUGGUCAAAGAUUCAUAACAGAAGAUGAC